AUGUACAGUAGUUAUCACAAUUAUAAUAAGUUUGGACUAAAUGACCUUAUAAGCUCUCCGGCUUCUCUAGCAAAAAAAGUUUCAUGUGGGUUGAUAAUUGGUCUCUCUCUAUACAUAAUCGCCCCCAAUUUACAUGCGCUUGUCUUUGGAAAUUCUCAGCAAAGAAUCGGAAAAUAUACGACGGUCGGUUUGAUAAAUAAUGGAAAUGAUUGUUUUAUAACUUCAUCGCUUCAGAGUUUGGCCGGCAUACCCAGAUUUGUGAAAUAUCUGAAGGCGAUCAACUUGAUCCUUCGAGAAUUAAAUAAACCAGAUUUGAAAUCCGAUUUAUCCAGAGAUGCAGAGGGAGAAAGCCUUGCAAUGGGUGAGAUUAUAGACGUCAAUAGAUGUGGAGGCCAGCUUUCAUCAUCUACCCUCUUGCAUGAAAGCCUUCUGAGUUUAGUUUCGGAUCUGGUGUCUAUAAGAGAGCAUAAGAAAACAAUAUCUCCAAAAAUAGUGGUAAAAACAUUGGAAUCCAUCUUCAAGUCAAAAAUUUCAUCUCAACAAAAUGAUGCGCAUGAAUUUACGCUACUUUUGUUACAAACUUUACAAGAAGAACACUCGAAGUUAGUUGAAUAUACUAAAUAUAUGUCUGAUUCGAAUGUACCAAAAUUUCCGUUUCAGGGCCAAACUUCCAAAUUUUUGACUUGCUUACAAUGCAACAGGACAUCAAAACCAUCAUAUCAAGAGUCAUUCAUUCGUGAACUGAUGGUACCACAACAAUCAUCAGAGAAACUAGCGAAGAUUCUGGCGAACGAUGAAACGGAAAUCAUAGAAGACUACUCAUGCUUGAUUUGUCAAAUCAGGGCCAUCCUAAACCAUGAAAAGUAUAGAAACUUCAAAAAUUGUUCACAGGAAGAACUGACAAUAUUAGAUGUCUUAAGAAAUUAUGCGAAUGAUGCUUCAAUUAACGAAGACCUACCAAUAGAAGUUGAACAGUACAUCAAACAUUACGCAAAAGAUAAAUUGCGUACAUCUAAUGUGAAGAGUAAAGUCAUAAAAAAAGAUGUAGUAGUUCAACUGCCUGAAAUCUUGGUAAUUCACUUAUCAAGAUCUACAUUUAAUGGAAUGACAUAUACCAGGAACCCCUGUAAUGUGAAAUUUGAAGAAACGAUAAAACUUGCAGAAUACGCAUCCAUCGAGAAUGGAACAUUAGCAAAAUACGGACAAAUCGAGUAUGAUUUGAAAAGUGUUGUGAAGCACACUGGCUCUCAUUCACGCGGCCACUACGUUUGCUACAGAAGUAAGGGUGAUAUUCUCUUUGACAGUGAAGUUGAUUCUUACGUAGAAAGCGCAUCAAUUAUCAUUGAUAAUGAUGUUGAAGCCAAGAACCACAUUCAAACCAUUACAUCUAUGAAGAACUGCAACGGAAAACGAAGGUACAAAAAAGUUAAAAGUGCUCUAAAGUAUCCUUAUUGGCAAAUAUCUGAUGCUAACAUAAAGGAAAGUAAAACCUCAACAGUUCUAAACGAACAGAAGUAUGCUUAUAUGCUAUAUUACGAACGUGUAAAUAAAUAA